AUAAUCACAAAACCAAAAAAAAAAAUCAUGUUUUCGAAAACUACAUUUCUACUUUUAAUAACCCUUUUCAUAUCCACGUCAGCAAACUCCGAAACUUUCAUGCAAUGCCUAACCGCGCACUCCUCCGCCUCUCACCCGAUUUCCUCCGCCGUAUAUUUCCCCGGAAACGGCUCUUACUCCGCCGUUCUCGAGGCUUAUAUCCGUAACCUCCGAUUCAACACGUCCUCCACCCCGAAACCCUUUCUCAUAAUCGCCGCCGGCCACGAAUCCCACGUCCGAGCCGCCGUUUUCUGCGGCCGUCGCCACAAUCUCCAGAUGAAGAUCAGGAGCGGAGGCCACGACUACGACGGUUUAUCGUACGUGACCUAUUCCCGCGUCCCGUUUUUCGUGCUCGACAUGUUCAAUCUACGGUCGGUCGACGUGGACGUGGAGAAGAGAACGGCUUGGGUUCAGACCGGGGCGACUCUUGGAGAAGUUUAUUACAACAUAUGGGACAAGAGCAAGACUUUAGGGUUUCCGGCGGGAGUUUGUCCGACAGUUGGCGUCGGCGGUCACAUUAGCGGCGCAGGGUACGGCAACAUGAUGAGGAAGUACGGUCUUACCGUCGAUAACGUCGUUGACGCCAGAAUGGUCGACGUAAACGGUAGAAUUUUGGAUAGAAAAUCAAUGGGGGAGGAUCUAUUUUGGGCAAUCAGUGGAGGAGGAGGAUCGAGCUUUGGCGUCGUGCUAUCCUACAAAAUAAACCUCGUCGAAGUCCCUCAAAACGUCACCGUUUUCAGAAUCUCCCGAACGCUAGAACAGAACGCAACCGCAAUCGUGGAUCGCUGGCAGCAGGUCGCGCCUCAUCUCCCCGACGAGCUCUUCAUCAGACUAACGUUUGACAUCGUCAACAGCACCGUUACGGCGGGACAAAAGACCGUUAGGGCAACGUUCUUGUCUCUGUUCCUCGGAGAUUCCGAAACCCUAAUCUCGAUCAUGAACCGAAGAUUCCCUGAGCUGGGUUUGGUCCGAUCCGAUUGUAUCGAAACGAGUUGGAUUCAAUCGGUUCUUUUCUGGACCAAUAUCCGAGUUGGAACGCCGGAGGAAGUAUUGCUACAACGGAAUCAAACUCUUACGUACUUGAAGAGAAAAUCGGAUUACGUAACUAAACCGAUUCCAAGAACCGGUUUAGAAUCUUUGUGGAGGAAGAUGAUCGAGCUCGAGAUUCCGAUGAUGACGUUUAAUCCGUACGGAGGUAGAAUGGCUGAGAUUCCUUCCUCGGCCACGCCAUUCCCUCAUAGGGCCGGGAAUCUGUGGAAGAUACAAUACGCCGCGAACUGGAACGACGAGAGAUUAACCGACAGGAACAUGGAAUUGACGAGAAGGUUGUACGAUUUCAUGACUCCGUUCGUGUCGAAAAACCCGAGGCGGGCAUUUUAUAACUAUAGGGAUGUGGAUUUGGGGGUUAAUUUGCACAAAGGAAAGGUUGAGAGCUAUGUGGAAGGUCAAAGGUACGGAAUUAAAUACUUUGCGGCAAAUUUCGAUAGACUGGUGAAGAUUAAGACCAAAGUGGAUAGAGAUAAUUUCUUCAGGAACGAACAAAGCAUUCCUGUGUUCCCAUAGUAUGGGAACUAGUAGUUGAACUAUACAUAUUUAUGUGUGUGUACUUUAAUAAUGCAAAAUUACGAACCCUAAGUUUUAUGUUGUUAUUCUUUGUAUUUUCUGUAUUUGUAAUUUGAUUGAAGUUUAUAUAAUGGUUUGAAUAUUAUUUCA